GGAAGUUAUUGGUUUUGACCACGUUGGCGGCGCAUGCGUUUUCGAAGAAAAUAAGCAAGAUGGCAGGACAUGGAGAAGUAGACGAACUUUUUGACAUUAAAACAGCUUUAUAUAUUGGUAAUUACCAGCAUUGUAUCAACGAAGCCCAAAAACUAAAGUUGAGAGAUGUUGAUUUGAAAACUCAAAAGGAUGUUAUUUUGUAUAGAGCUUACAUAGCUCAGAGAAAAUAUGGAGUAGUUUUGGAUGCAAUUACUUCUUCACAUUCACCAGAGCUACAGGCUGUAAAAAUGUUUGCUGAUUACCUUUCCAGUGAAAAUCGAAGAGAUGGUAUAGUUAGAGAUUUAGAUAGUAAAGUGUCUGGAAGUGUUGAUGUAUCUAACAGUACAUUUCUUGUAAUGGCUGCCUCUAUCUACUAUCAAGAACAGAAUACUGAUGCAGCACUUAGAACACUCCACCAGUCAGAUAAUUUAGAAUGCGUUGCUCUUAUGAUACAGAUAUUACUAAAAUUGGACAGAGUUGAUUUAGCCAAGAAAGAGUUGAAAAGAAUGCAAGAAUUAGAUGAAGAUAGUAUCUUAACACAGAUGUCUCAAGCAUGGUUUAAUCUUGCUGUGGGUGGAGAUAAAUAUCAAGAUGCUUAUUAUAUAUUUCAAGAACAAGCAGAUAAACAUGCUGCUACAUCUUUAUUACUCAAUGGACAGGCUGCUUGUUAUAUGGCACAGGGCAAAUUUGAUGAUGCUGAGACCGUUUUACAGGAAGCACUUGAUAAGGACAGCAAUAAUCCAGAAACACUAGUGAAUUUAAUAGUUUUAACACAACAUCUUGGUAAAGCUCCAGAGGUGAGCAACAGAUAUAUAUCACAGAUGAAAGAUUCCCAUAGAAGUCAUCCAUUUGUUAAAGAUUAUUUAUUAAAGGAGAGUGAAUUUGAGAGAAUAGCCAGAAAUUAUUCAGCAACUGUGUCAACAUGAUCAAAAUCUAUAAUCACAUCUUUUAUCGAGUGUACAUAGGGAUAAAAUGUGUAGAUACAAAUAUCUAUACGUUACAUUCAUCAGUAUCACUUUAUUCAAUUCUAGAAUAAAUAUUUCAUUUGGUUGAAAAGUUUAACUAAAGUCUUUCUACUUGACGUAAAUAGUGGGAUUUUGUUACAAAAAAGUGAAUCAUGUGGUCUAUUAUGUAUUUAAGUGUAAAAUUGUAUGUAACUUGUUAUAAAGGGGGGAAUAGUGUUAACUGUUAUCAAGAGGGAACAGCCUGAUUUUCAUGUUAUCACUGAAAAUGUAUUUAUCAUUAAAUGUCUGUACAUGGA